AUGAACGCGCAACUUUCCUCCGCCCUCGAUGGGCUUGAAAACAAACUCAACACACUUUUAUCUUCACUCAUGGCACCGACAGCUGCUGGCGCACCCACAGCCGCCAUUUCUCUUCUCGAAGCAGACGACGUCGUCACCUCCGCCCUCGACACCUUACGCACCCAUCAGGCCAACUACAACAAGAUCCUACGCCUACGCGCCGAAGAGGAGAAUUUAGAGGAGCGCAUCAAAGGCAUUGUGCGUGACAUAUCCGGCGCUGGACAGGAGAUUGUUGACGCCACGGGCGACAAUGACAAUGGCGAUUAUACAGACGACGAGUCGGAAUCGGAUACAGAGAGCGACAGCGAAUAUGUCAAAGAAAAGCCGAGGAAGGGGAGCAGGAAAGAGGUGGAUUACAGGCUACUGCUCGACUUUGCGCGAAGAAUCAGCAAGUACAAUAAACAAGCGGCAGCAGACGCAGCGGCGGGGAUAGGCACAGGGCAGAAGAAGAAACUGCAGGAUACGCAGACAGACGCGAAUGGUGUUGACACGACGGCAGAAACGGACGGUCAAGAAGCCCCUGUGGAAAACGUCACCAAAGAAGCCACAAAUUGGCUGGAUCAAACGGCCGACGCAGACCGACAGACGUUCAUGAUUCCAUAUCCAAACGAGGAUCGCAUUCGCAUGGGGUUAAUGGGUCAAAUACAAAUGGCAGCCAUUGAUCAAAACCUCGAUUUAGACAAGGAGGCAGAGCGUAUGGUCCUGGAAGCAGAAGGCGCCGGUGUUGCUACUGCUAUGUCCGCAGUGGAGGCCGGAGGUCAGGACAACAAUCUUGCUAGCGAGGCCGCAAAGGCAGCAGCACAUGCUGGAUCGCAGGUCGCAGAAAGAGGAACAGCUUCAGCUGCGAGAGCGCCGGCGCCGCAGCCCAAGGCCUUGCUCGAUUUGGACUUGUACGAUCCAGAUGAAGACGACUAG